AUUUCAACAUGGAAAACAUCACUGAAGCCACUGAAUUCGUACUAAAGGGCUUCACAGACAAUGCUGACUUGGAGACUCUUUCCUUCCUACUAUUUCUAGCAAUUUACCUCUUCACAAUCAUGGGUAACUUAGGACUGAUUGCUCUGGUCCUUGGGGAUUCCCACCUGCACAACCCCAUGUACUACUUUCUGAGUGUGUUGUCAUCAGUGGAUGCCUGCUAUUCCUCUGUUAUCACUCCUCAAAUGGUACUUAACUUUAUGUUAGAGAAGAAGGUCAUUUCGUUCAUUGGCUGUGCUGUGCAGAUGUUUCUGGCUGUUACUUUUGGCACAACAGAAUGCUUUCUUUUGGCGGCAAUGGCUUAUGACCGUUAUAUAGCCAUUCACAACCCACUUCUGUAUGUAGUAAUCAUGUCACCCAGGGUUUAUGUGCCGCUCAUCAUUGCUUCCUAUGCUGGUGGAACUUUACAUGCUCUUAUUCACACUGUGGCCACAUUCAGACUGUCUUUUUGUGGAUCCAAUGAAGUCAAUCAUAUUUUCUGUGACAUCCCUCCUCUCCUGGCAAUUUCUUGUUCCAACACACACAUCAACCAACUUCUUCUCUUCUACUGUGCCGGGUUCAUUGAGAUAGUCACCAUCCUGAUUGUCCUGAUGUCCUAUGGCUUCAUCCUGUCAGCCAUUCUGAGAACACAUUCUGCCGAAGGUAAAAGAAAAGUAUUUUCGACAUGUGGUUCUCAUCUAACUGCAGUGUCCAUUUUUCACGGUACUGUUCUUUUCAUGUAUGUGAGACCAAGUUCCAGCUAUGCCUUGGAACAUGACAUGGUGGUGUCUAUAUUUUACAGCAUUGUAAUUCCCAUGCUGAAUCCUCUCAUUUAUAGUUUGAGAAACAAAGAUGUAAAAGAGGCAAUAAAAAAAGUGUUUGGUAAAAAUCUUUGUAGAUAA